AUGGCAGAAGUACAGAAAGUAGUGCUUUUGAUAACGGAGCUUCUGCAGAAGCUAGCACAGCCAACAACUGCCCCUAGCAUCCCGGAGCAAACUCUCCAGGCGUUGGUAAGCACCUUCAGCGAAUUUUCGUUUGACUCGGAAAAUGAAAUCACUUUUGAGGAGUGGUACAGCCGGUAUACGGACGUUUUCGAAUCGGAUGCCCAGAACCUAGACGAUUCCGCCAAGGUGCGUCUGCUGCUGAGCAAGUUGGACACACCAUCACACGCCAGGUAUGUCAACUACAUCUUGCCGAAGCUUCCCAAAGAUGUCAAUUUUGCUGGCACCGUCAAGAUACUAUCGCAAAUGUUCGGCACACACACCUCCUUUUUUAACAAGCGUUACCAGUGCCUCCAGCUAGUAAAAUCUGAAGCAGAGGACAUCAUCACCUACGGAGCAAAGGUGAAUCGUGCAUGCGAAAAUUUCGAUUUAAAAGAUAUGAGCAUCGAUCAAUUUAAGUGUUUGGUGUUUGUGAGUGGCCUCAAAGGUCAUGCCUACGCCGACAUUCGAGCUAGGCUAAUUUCCCAGCUCGAUGGUGAAAUAGCAGAAGCUCACGUGACUCUACACAGCUUGAUUCGUGAAUAUCAGCGACUCGUCAAUCUCAAGGCGGACGCAUUGAUGAUUGAUCGCCAGCCAUGCUCGAAACAGGAGCAGGGAAACUCUCAUCAGCAGCACUCUUCGAAAACGGAAGGAUAA